AUUUGGAAUAUUUUGUUUCCACUUGGUCUUGAUUGUCUUGUGUGUAUAGAAAAAUAUCCUCAAGUUGGCGAAGGGAACUCUGUGGGUUCCACCAGAACUGUGCAUGUUGUCAAGUGUUUACUUUUUCUUCAUCUGAAGUAUACAGCCAAAGUAUUAUAUAUAUUGUGUUAGUUUUGGAUCGAAAGAAUCAAGAAACCAGUAUCAGUAUAGUAUAGGAGGAUAGUGUUGUUUUUGCAAAUAACAAUGGAAAGUGUAGUUGGAGGGGAGAACCAAAGAAGGCUUAACAAGUAUGCCUGUGCUUGUGCUAUUGUUGGUUCGAUGAUAUCUAUCAUAUUCGGCUAUGAUACGGGUGUUAUGAGUGGAGCAAUGAUUUUCAUAAAAGAAGAAUUCGAAGUAAAGGAAGCUCAACUGGAAGUGCUCGCCGGAAUCCUUAACCUGUGCGCUCUUGUGGGUUCUCUCUGCGCCGGGAGAACCUCUGAUUACAUUGGCCGAAGAUACACAAUAGCAUUGGCAUCCUUAAUCUUCAUGCUUGGUUCAGUUUUAAUGGGCUAUUCUCCAAAUUACAACGUUCUUUUGGCCGGAAGGUGCAUCGCCGGCGUCGGCGUAGGCUUUGCACUCAUGAUAGCACCCGUUUAUGCAGCCGAAAUAUCGUCUCCAAAAACCCGAGGAUUCCUAUCAUCUUUACCAGAAAUUGGCAUCAGCAUUGGAAUUUUACUUGGCUAUAUAUCCAACAAUUUGUUCGCAAAGCUGACACUGAAACUCGGGUGGCGGGUGAUGCUCGGAAUUGCAGCAAUCCCUUCACUUAUCUUGGCCAUCGGAAUUCUGAAGAUGCCGGAAUCCCCACGGUGGCUUAUAAUGAAGGGCCGAAUUGGAGAGGCCAAGAAAAUCAUGUACAAAGUGUGUGACGAUGAAGAAGAAGCUCAACAGCGAUUAAAAGACAUUAAACGGGCCGCCGGAAUCGACGAGAAUUGUACUGAUGACAUUGUACAAAUCUCAAAAUCCGGUCAAAAGGCUCAGACAGGCGGCGUCUGGAAAGAAUUGCUGUUGAAACCAACUCCGACAGUCCGCAGAAUGUUACUUGCUGGCGUCGGAAUUCAUUUCUUCGAACAUGCUACCGGAACCGAAGCUGUUAUACUAUAUGGUCCAAGAAUCUUCAAAAAGGCAGGCGUUACAGCCCGGAAAAAGCUUCUGCUCGCCACAGUUGGAGUGGGUCUCACUAAAUUAAUAUUUAUAACAAUAUCCACCUUCAUAAUUGACAGAGUUGGCCGGAGGAAGCUCCUAAUAACCAGCAUCGCCGGAAUGAUUGUGUCAUUAACUGGACUCGCAACUUGCCUGACUGUAGUUGAACAAUCCGAUGAAAAGCUCAUCUGGGCACUGGUGAUGAGCCUUAUCUUUGUGUAUACAUUCAUAAUGUUCUUCAAUGUGGGACUUUGCCCUGUAUGUUGGGUGUAUAGCGCAGAGAUAUUUCCGAUGAAGCUCCGGGCGGCGGGGGCCAGUGUCAGCGUGGCAGUGAACAGGGUGAUGAACGCCACUGUUUCUAUGACGUUUUUAUCGUUGUCGAAUGCCAUAACCAUAGGCGGCGCUUUCUAUUUGUACGCCGGAAUGGCGGUGUUGGCUUUGUUUUUCGUUUAUUUCUGCUUGCCGGAGACAAAGGGGCGGAGCCUGGAGGAUAUGGAGGAGAUAUUCAGCAAACAUUCCAUUGCUAAGAAUUCCAAGAAGGAAUUGGAGCUUGCGAACAGUUAAUUGAAAUUAUGCAUCAAUGUUUGAUUGCUGAAAUCAGGAUCAGAAUUGAAGAACCAGCUCCAAAUUCUUAGAAUUGGUAUUAGAAAUGUAUUUAUACGAUUUAAAAUGAUAUUCAUAAGAGUAGUUUGCAAAUCAAUCAAGUUGUAAUAGAAAUGGUUCCAUGGAUUAAUGAUCAAGUUGAUGUUUAUCUAAGAUGCGCUCAAAAGUUAUAUAGUAGGUUCAAUUUUUGUUGUUAA